CAAUCUACCUCUAUAUAUUCCUCUUUUCAUUUUCUCAUCACAAUAACACAACCCCACAAUCCCAAAACAAAACAAAUAUCACACCCCCCUCUUCUCCUAAACCACUCUCUCCACCAACAUUAUAAAUUUUUUCCAUAAAAAAUAGAUGAAAUGGGUACCCGAAUCCGAACCCGAAAGAGUUAUUCUACCCUCUUAUGUUUCUUCAACAUUUUCAUCUUUUUGUUUCUCAAUUCCCCAACUUGCAAUGGAACUAACAACCCAAUCAAAACCGUCGUCGUUUUAGUAAUGGAAAAUCGUUCCUUCGACCACAUGCUUGGUUGGAUGAAGAAACUAAACCCGGAAAUAAACGGCGUAGACGGGUCGGAGUCAGCUCUGUUAUCAGUAACCGACCCGAAUUCAGAGCGGAUAUUUUUUAAGAAUCAAGCGCAGUAUGUUGACCCCGAUCCGGGUCACUCGUUUCAGGCAAUAAGGGAACAGAUAUUCGGGUCGGAAGACACGUCAGCUGACCCGGCUCCAAUGAAUGGAUUCGCACAACAAGCUUAUUCGAUGGAUAAUACAACUACUAUGUCUCAUGAUGUGAUGAAUGGAUUUGAACCUGAUAUGGUUCCUGUUUAUAAAGCACUUGUGUCUGAGUUUGCUGUUUUUGAUAGGUGGUUUGCCGCCGUGCCAGCUUCCACCCAACCUAACCGUCUCUUUAUCCACUCCGCAACCUCCGGCGGCGCAACCGGCAACAAAGCAUCAUUACUCGUGAAAGGCUACGCACAACAAACAAUAUUCGACAGCAUCCACGACGCCGGCCUCGACUUUGGAAUAUACUACCAAAACAUUCCCGCAACAUUAUUUUACCGAAACCUAAGAAAACUAAAGUACGCCUUCAAAUUUCACUUCUAUAGCACAUUAAAGCGCCAUGCAAAAGAAGGAAAGUUACCAAAUUAUGUUGUGGUGGAGCAGCGGUACAUGGACACUAAACUGUUACCAGCAAAUGAUGACCAUCCAUCACAUGAUGUAUAUUAUGGACAAAUGUUUGUGAAGGAGGUGUAUGAGACGCUAAGGGCGAGUCCGCAGUGGAACGAAACUUUGUUUUUGAUUACGUAUGAUGAGCAUGGUGGAUUUUAUGAUCACGUGUCUACGCCGGUGCGUGGGGUGCCUAGUCCUGAUGGGAUUGUGGGGCCCGAACCGUUUAACUUUACCUUUAAUAGAUUGGGUGUUAGGGUUCCUACUAUUGCUAUCUCACCUUGGAUUGAAAAAGGCACAGUUGUUCAUGGGCCAAACGGGUCGCCAACUCCUACAUCAGAAUAUGAACACUCAUCCAUAGCAGCAACAGUUAAAAAGAUAUUCAAUUUGCCUUCAUUUUUGACAAAAAGAGAUGAAUGGGCAGGAACCUUUGAAAAUAUUGUCCAAACAAGGACAGAGCCCAGAACUGAUUGCCCAGAGCAACUUCCAACUCCUACAAAGUUAAGGAAAGGAGAGGCCAAAGAAGAUGCCAAGAUGAGUGAAUUUCAACAGGAAUUGAUCCAACUUGCUGCAGUUCUUAAAGGAGACAAUAUCUUCACUAGUUAUCCAAAUACAAUAGGGAAGGACAUGACUGUUAUACAAGGAAAAAAUUACAUGGAUGAAGCAGUAAAAAGGUUCUUUGAAGCUGGUGUUUAUGCUAAGAAAAUGGGAGUUAGUGAUGAAAAUAUUGUUCAGAUGAAACCUUCUUUGACUACAAGAUCAUCAUCCAAAUCUCCAAACACAAAUCCGUAGGACUUGAAAUAAAACAAGGUCGUCAUCAUGUUUCAUUAGUGUGAGAUGGAGGAAUCAUUGAAAAUUAUUAUUUCUCUAGAAGAUAUAUGUAUACAGAAUUGGUGAUAGUAAUUGUAGUAUGCUUUUUUUGGUAAAUAAUGGGAAUUUAUAUGGCAUCCUUAGUGUUAA